UAAAAAGACGACGAAAGUGCAAAAGUUGGUGUCGGCUACGUCGAGGUGAGUCAUAUUCCAAUCCCCUCCUAGUCUGCCGGGCCUAGACGAUCGACAAGCGUGCACCGUGAGCCGGUCGCAGACAGUCGGACUUCGCUACGCACAUAAUAGUUAUUAGUGCGUUUUCAGCGACCGUUGGUGCACCAUCUCACGUUCACACCACCCGUUCAUCCGUUAUAGCACGCGCAUCACAUUGAUCGGUGUCUUCCACACAAGUCUAGGAGUCAUUGAACGACAACUAUGCCGAACAUAAUCAAUGAGGUGAAGUUGGACUUCAAAGACGUGCUGCUUAGGCCGAAAAGGAGCACACUGAAGACCCGGGCUCAAGUGGACUUGUUUCGACACAUUACGUUUCGUAACUCCAAACGCACAUAUCAGGGUAUACCGAUGAUGGCAUCCAAUAUGGACACUGUUGGAACGUUCGAAAUGGCAGCUGCCCUGGGAAAACAUGGGCUGUUUACUACAAUCCACAAAUAUUACGAACCUGAAGAAUGGUUAGAAUUUGCUAACAACAAUAAAGACAUUUUACCUCAUAUAGCUGUUACUUGUGGUAUAAAUGAUCACGAAUUUGAAAAACUCAAAAGAAUAUUGGAAGCUGUACCAGAUAUAUCCUUUAUCUGCCUUGAUGUAGCUAACGGUUACACUCAACAAUUUGUGGAUAUUGUUCGUAAAACGCGUACAGCAUAUCCACAACAUACCAUAAUUGCUGGCAACGUGGUUACUGGUGAAAUGGUUGAAGAAUUAAUUUUGUCUGGUGCUGAUAUCAUUAAAGUUGGUAUUGGUCCUGGAUCAGUAUGUACCACACGCAUUAAGACUGGUGUGGGUUAUCCUCAGUUAAGUACGGUUAUUGAAUGUGCUGAUGCUGCUCAUGGUCUGCAAGGACAUAUUAUUUCUGAUGGUGGAUGUGUUUGUCCUGGGGAUGUUGCCAAAGCGUUUGGUGCCGGAGCAGAUUUUGUUAUGCUUGGUGGCAUGCUAGCUGGGCAUGAUCAGAAUGGAGGCGAGUUAACCAUUAAACCAAAUGGUACUAAGUGUAAAUUAUUUUAUGGUAUGAGUUCGUUAACAGCUAUGAAAAAACAUUCUGGAGGCAAAGCAGAGUACAGAGCUGCUGAAGGUAAAGCCGUUGAAGUACCAUACAGAGGUGAUGUAAAUGACACUAUUCUUGAUAUACUCGGUGGACUUCGUUCAGCAUGUACUUACACUGGAGCCCAUACAUUAAAAGAGUUGCCUAAGCGUGCCACAUUUAUUCGAUGCACUCAACAAGUAAACUCUGUGUACUCCAACAUAACUACUCGAGAAUAAUUACCCAUGGUUUAUAAUAUUGUAUAAUGUAUAUUGUACAUGAUAAAAAAAGGUAUUUAUUUACCUGAUAUAUGGUAUAAUAUUCAAUUAUUUCUAUAGUAUGAAUUAUUCCAAAGUCACAUUUUACAUUACCUGAGUGUCUGUAAAAUUUAAGACUGUAUUUUUAAAAGUUGUAUAAUAUCUUUUAUUUUUAAAAAUAAUUUCAAUUU